CCACAACAUCAGAUACUUUAUAAGCCUGAUGAGCCUCAGUUGCCUCAGUUGCCUCAUUUCCAAUCUGUAUGAGGUUCGUGGCACGACGAUUACUUUCGGUCCGGCGAUCAUUCCCCCGGAAUCUCAGUAUGCCAUCAAACGAGGGGAUCGCAUCUACUCUACAUUCGAGUCCAUUUAAAGUCCUCGUCCUUGGGGGCUCAUACGCUGGACUCGGAGCGGCUUUGAAUCUGCUAGACCUAUGCGAAGGGAGAUCACCGCGGUUUGCUUCUCAGCCAGCGGAUACCAGCAAAUUCAGCAAGAUUCCUGUCAAAAUCACCCUUGUAGAUGAAAAGGACGGGUAUUUCCAUCUGAUAUCAUCGCCACUUGCGCUUGCCUCUGGAGAGUAUGCACCAAAGGCGUGGACAAAUUUCAGAGACAUUCCGGCGCUGAAGGACAUCCACUUCAUCCAAGGCAGCGUCAAAAAUGUGGACUGCGACAAGAAGCAAGCCGUGGUCACCGAGUCGGAGACAGGUUCGUCACUGGGAUUGGAAUACGACUUCCUCGUAGCAGCCACUGGUCUGCGUAGAGUAUGGCCGGUUGUUCCUCAGGCAAAGUCAAGACAGGCCUACCUGUCGGAGGCGGCAGAGCAUAUCGAAGCGGUGAGAAAAGCCAGAGACGGCGUUGUUGUCAUUGGUGGAGGUGCGGUCGGGAUCGAGAUGGCAGCCGAAAUCAAAUUGGUCAUGCCAGACCAGAAAGUCACCUUGAUCCAUUCUAGAGAAAAGCUUUGCUCUUCGGAGCCUCUUCCUGACGACUUCAAGGAAAGAUGCCUCAUCACCCUUCACGAAGCCGGAGUCGAGACGAUCAUGGGUCAACGCGUGCUGAGCACCAAAAGUUUCCCUUCAGAUGACGGCCAACCCAUCUGGGACUUAGUAUUGUCAGAUCAGUCGCGAAUUCGGGCUGGACAUGUGAUCCACGCCGUAUCACGAAGCAUUCCCUCGACCACUUACCUGCAUCAAUCAGCAUUGGACGAGGAAGGCUAUGUCCAAGUCACCGCACGGUUGAACGUCAUGCCGGAAGUGCCAAAUUCGCUACACCAUUUUGCAGUUGGUGAUAUUGCGAAGUGGUCGGGCAUCAAGCGUUGUGGUGCUGCGAUGCAUAUGGGACAAUACGCAGCGCAGAACAUUCAUCAGUUGAUGUUGGCCCAACAUCAAGGCAUCAAUCCGGAAUUCAUGGAGCUGAAAGAGAUCCCACCCAUGAUUGGGAUUGCAAUUGGCAAGCAAGCAGUGGCAUACUAUCCAUCUGACGGAACCACUUAUGGAGAAAGUGUUUUGAAGACCUGCUUCGGCGAUGAUCUGGGCAAUUCCAGUACGUCUUGUCGCUGAAGCAACAAUUUCUGAACCGGACUGACAACUUACCAGUUUGCUGGAAUUAUAUGCAGCUCGGGAAAGAGUGCCCUUCAUGAUAUGGUCAUGGGCGGACAUUUGCAGGUGGUUAGCCCGGAUUGAUGAACAGCGCUUUACGCCAGCACAGCUGGAUGUUCGAGGUGGACGAGAACUGGCAUCACAGCGUUCCACGUAGUUGCCAUACGGAAAGUACUAGGCGCAUAGAGGACUUGACAGGCUGCGAAUGGCGCUCCGACACAGCCACAGCCUUGGCCACAAUGCAGUGCUCAGCAAUGCCUGACUGCGCUUGAAGUGCGGCAUGGUUGCCUGGAGUCAGCUUCCGGUCUGGUAUGUCAUGCUCGGAAGGGGAAUUCCACUUGUUGUGUUUUCAUUUUUCAAUCUUUUCUUCUGAAAUGUUGGGCUGUCGAGGAGCCGAGCUCUUGAGCACACGCUUCCGAUAUCGCAACCACCACCGACCGCCAUCUUGUCUGCCGGCUGUUGCUGUUGGCGGAGGCUUGCACGGGCUUGAUCACAUUCGCGGCCUGGGACUGGCCCGGAAAGGUGCUUGUUCGGAGGAUGAGAAUCAGCGGUGGAUCGUCGAGCUCGGCACGUUACAGAAGAGGACUUUCGAUUGGAG